CGUAGCCACUUUUGUAUGCUAUAAAAUCAAGUGGUUCGACCUAUUUUGGUAUUAUUUCAUCGAUUAUUAGCGAUUGAAUAACACGAAUAUUGUGAUACGAAAUGAGGGCGGUUUUUAAAGUCGUUUUGGUGUGUUUGUUUGUGGUACUGGUUUUGAGUUGUUGUGAGGGUAAAAAGAAAAAGGGCAAGAAGAACUCCAAGCAGAUGAUUUUGAGACAAAAGGAAACAAAUCCCAUAAAUUUCAUCAGAUUAGCGGUGAUGAGAUUGGUUUACGGAAUCGCGACGAGGAUAGGUUUCGGUGAACAAAUUUCUGAGGCGUUAAACGGUGCUUUCGUACCACCAGGGGUCGAUGAUUACGAAGACUUUGGUGGAGCAGAUGGAUUUUUCGACCGAGACGAUGAUUAUGAUUAUUAAGAUGUACAAAAUAAUGAAAAAUUCUAGUCAAAAAAUGGUCUGCACUCAAUCACAUCAUCAUCAUAAAUUAUUCUAUUUAUUAAAGUAUUUAUUUUAUUCCUUAA